GAAGCUGGACCAGCAAUGGCUCUGCUGAAGGUUCUGCUGCUGCUGGGGUUGGGUGUUUCAGUGAACUCAGCUGUUUCUUUGCAGAAGAGAAUCAUUGGAGGUCAUGACUGUGCUGACACGGAGCGUCAAUAUCAUGUUCGGCUGGAGGGAUCCAAUGGUACUCAUAUGAGCCUGUGUGGAGGAUCUCUGAUCCACCCUAACUGGAUCCUGACUACAGAUACCUGCUGGAAGUCGGAGACAGGGUGGAUUAAUGUAGCAAAGAUAGAUGUUCAUCAAGGACCUGGUAGAUGGAGGGCUUUCAGACUCCGUAACAAUCCUGUGGUUUAUAAUCCUGAAGGCUGGCGGCAUGACAUCAUGUUGCUGAAAAUUAAGAAAGUAGCAAAUGCCCCACUUGGUCAGCUACCAGACUGCAGUUAUCGUCUUAAAAUUGGUGACACUGUUCAGCUGGCAGGAGAGGGAGCAACGACAACCGGCCCCAAUAAUGAGCAAAUAUCCAAUUUUGCUCCUGCAACACAUCUUCAGUGUGUCGACAUGCCUGUUGUUGAGGCUUCCCAUUUCCUGCCAACAUAUGGGCGUGUAUUCUCUGCUAAAGCACGGAACAAGGAUGUGUGUUAUGGUGACGCUGGUUCAGCAGCGGUGUUCAACGGCAAGAUUUAUGGUGUGAUUUCUCCAGGUGUACCACGCUAUGCAUGUGAGAGCGCAGCUUCAAUCGUAGAUGUGUGUGAAUACAUGGAGUGGAUAAGAGCAAGAACUGGCCUUAAAUAAAACAUAAACUGUCAUGAAA